GGGAGACACAUGGGUUCGCACGUAACACUGAAUCGUCCGUCGGUCGUCAUUGUCACUUCAUUGGGCAAAUCACACACCAACAAGCAUGUGUACUCACCCCCCUUCCUCCUCACCCACCCACCACAUUGACAGAGAGGCCGUCUCUGCCUGUCUGUCUGUCUGUCUCUAUCGUGUGGUCAUCCAGCCCCUCGACGGCAGUGGUGGCAUAUCAUCCCCCACGUCGCUCCCUUCGCCCAUCCCCACACCCACAGCCUUGAGCAUCAGCUGCUGGGUCGCCGCAGCUCGGUUGGGCGUGUCAAGUAUGGGUGUCCGCCUCUCCCUGUGGAUCUUGCCCACCACCUGUGUCGACCAGUCUUUGCUUUUCCUCUCCUUCCUCUGCUCCCUAGUUGACGCCAGAUAGCUCGCUGAUUCAUCGUGCUGCCGUGGCUGGCGGCGAAUGAUGUGUGCGAGGGUCUCGGGGUGCUGUCUGCGCUUUAUGGCCAGGUGGAGGCAUGCCCGUGGGGUGGUGUGGGUGCUGGCCUGGAUGUCGUGGAUCAGACGCUCGGCACGCUCACGCUCAGCCAGAUUGAAACGGGCCUAAAUUGAAGGAGAGAGAGAGACACAAAAUACCCACAGAUACUCAUCCUCUGUGCUCUUUUUCCCGACCGUUUGCGCAAGGAACUGUCUCCUUUCGGCUCGCCUUUCCGCUGCCGACUUGUGCGGUGUGCCAGCAUCUUGCUGCUGUGGUUUGGCAGAGAGGUUGAAUAUGUCGGCCCUGGUGUCUGCCUCGAGGAUGAUGCAGUUGUGUGGGGGCGGCGGGUGGAUGAACAGCGUCUGAUGCGGCAGCGCGGACCGGCGACGCGCGUCCCGUAUCUUCAAACAUCACAACCAACACAAACAAGAGACAGGAAAUGCGAGCUGACCUGGUGUGCAUUCUGUGCAUACUUACCACAGCCCUUCUGGACUGCAGAACGGGCGGGUGUUUCAGCAGCUCCUCCCAGUCGGUGUGGGCCACGCUCGCAGCCCUGCUCUCACGAUGGGCCGAUGAGGACUUCUCCUCCUCCUCCUCCGCCUCCGCACCGAAGCGCAGCUGCCUCGCCUGCCCAGCCGUGGGAGGCACCGACUCUUCCUUCUCUUUGUCGGAUGGUUCCUGCUCUUGCUGUGGCAGUGCUGUGCCGGGGGGUGGCGGUGAGGGGACAGAUGGGGACGAUCGGGUGGCAGGGGACGACGCAUAAGAUGGCGGAGCACCUGGGAGGGAGGCGCAUGCAUGCUUUCGUGGGUCUUUUGUCAUGGGCUGCUUCCUUACCGAUUCUGAGUGAAAACUCUGUGGAUGCCAUCGAGACGCUCUCCGUGUCGGCCCAGUCUAUCAUCAUUCGGUCCCACGGAGCAGACUCCAAAAAGUCCCGCUUGCUCGUCCUUGAUGUCGCCCUCGAGGCCACCCGGGGCAUCUUGACGUGCAGCCGACUGCUCGACGACAAAGCCAACGCGCGGAGGUGCGAGCGGUCUGGGCGGUGGCCGCCCUUCUCAGAGACUGGAUGCGCGCGGCCCUCAUAAUGGACGCUCCGACGCUUCGGGGGCUGUAGAAUGGUAGGGAUGGAGAAAGAGAUAUACAUGGAUUGCCAAGAAGGAUGUUCUGUCCGAUUGAUGGGUACCGGUUUGUCGGUCUCCUCUUCUCCCACGAGCAGCCGUGCCUCCCUGAAUAGCGCCGACUGUCUUUCAGCGCUCUCGUCCAGCGGGUCGAAGUCCUCCAGCGCACUCUCACUCAGCAGCUCGGCCAGCCUCCCCGCAUCCCCCCGGCCGCGCUUGCCCAGCAACUCCUCCUCGAUGUCCUCAGCCAGUGGCAGCAUCCUCACAGGCUCACCGAUGCCAUUGCCCCCGCCCUCAUCGUCAAUGUCCAUUCGGUCAACCUGCACCAUGGCUUUGCCGUAUCUGACUUCUGCAAUGUCUUCUGGGUCCUCUGUGGCCUGGCUGCUGCCGGGGCCACCCUGGUCCCCUGAUGACGUGUGGUGGGAGUUGGAUGAACGCCGGUUGGGGGUCGGCCGCGAUGAGACAUCCCCGGCACUGCGAGACACACCGCGGGUGAGUGCCUUGUUGCGGCCUAUGCGUGGGAGGUAGUCAACACAACACAGAGGGAAUAACGCGUUUGUGGUGAGCAGGGCCUGCCUCAUCCGACGUACCUUGUGGUGAGUUGAUGCGCGACCGGCUGCGUGCCAUUGAAUGCCUGCUCGCCGGCAUCGCACUGGGAGGCACCGGGGAGUUGCCGCUCCCUGCAGGCAUGUUGGCCAGCUGCAUCAGGUGCAGCUGGCUUUCCAACAUGCCGAUGACGCUGUUCUGCCGGACGGCCAUGGGCGUCCCCUCACUCGACGGCCGCUGCUGCUGUGGCAUGUCCCUCGAGGGCGGGAUGGGGCUCACGGAGGGAGGAGGUGGGGUGGAUGGCCGUCUUAAGGCGGGGCUUGUGUCGAACUCCUCGUCCAGGAGGGCCUGCUGCAGCAGAAGCUCGUCUGCCUCGACGCCACGCAGCGUGGAGAAGGCGCCCGGUGCCAUUUUGAGGCGUCGGAGGUUGUAGCGGCACUUCUCGAUGAUGCUCUCGGUGGCCAUUUCGCGAAAUGACGGACCGUCCAGGGCGUUCACCACCCUGAGUGACCGGAUACCCAGUGAGGUACGAGAAGGGUGUGUCUCUGGCGACGGAUCGGUCAAGUUGCCGUCUCACUUUUUGUUGAAUCCAAAUACGAGGUGAGCCAUGCGGUCGGCCUUGUCCGAGAGCACACGGAUGUGCUGCAGCGUCUUGAGCGCCUCAUCCUGGUGCGAUGGCCGGUUGCAGUCGAGAGCUUCACUGACAAUACAUACAGCAAAGAUGGCACAUGACGUCCAUCCAUUUAAGAUGUACACACACAUUCUCUCCUCAUUCCACCCUACCGCAGCAGCUGCUGCACGAACCCGGCCUCCACCAGCUUCUCUGUGAGCGACCUCGACCGCGCCGCUAGAAGCCCCAGCAGCAGCCCACGCAUCAGAUGAGAGACGUCCUCAAUGCGGGUUUUUGCCUUGCUGAGCAUCAACGGCUGCUUGUCCUUCGCCUGCAGCUGGUCCCUCGUCACCUUCUGAUCCGUAGCAGUGCCAAGCCGCCUCAACAGGCGGUUGCCUCCGGCCUCCUCGCUUUGUCUUCUCUCCCCCACACCAAUCUUCGGCGAUCCGCCCAUCAGCUUGGCUUUGCUGCCAACGCUCAGACGCUGCUGAGAGUCCAUGUCUGGUGUCAUCGCAAUCGGCGCCUCCCCCUUGGCCAUGGCCUGCACGUGGUCCGGUGGCAGCUUGUCAGAUAGGAGGAGGUUGGACAGCCGCCGCAUGGUCUGCUGCCCCGCGAGUGCUGCUGCCGUCUUGGCCCUCUUGUUCCUCCGGCCAGCGAGGUGUGGUGGCGGCGGGGUGGUUGGCGGGACAAGUGACAGGGCCAGGGGGGGAUGUGGCUCGCUCUGGAUGGCCUGCUUGAGGACGCUGUGACGGGCGAGUUGGAGCUGGGAAACAAUGCCCAGGGGAGAGAGGGAGAGUUAGUGGACAGAGAGGGGAGAGAGAUGAGCUAGCAAAUGUCAUGUUUUACUGCUUUUUCUUCUUCGAGUCUGUCUUUGAGGGCUCUGAUUUCGAUCGCUGUGUUGAUGUCUCCCUGCCUGCAGUAGAUCGACAGCAACGAAAAAGAACAGACACACAACACAUGCAGACAUGGCUGGUCCGCAGUCGGUGCCAGUGUGCUCCACCCUUCCAGAUCGCCGAUCUGCCUGAGAGCGAAAGCAUGAAGGCGUUCGUCGCAUCGGAGGCGAGUGACCAUGGUCUCCAGUAGAGUGAGAGCCUCAGCCAUGCACCGAAUGUCACCACGCUGCAGAUUCCCACACACAGAGACGGACAAUCAGCUCAGUGCCAUUGUGUCUCCUUUCUGUCUCUUUCUCUCUCACCUCCAAGAAGACUACCGUCCUUUCGAUGAUCCUUUCCUGCCAAUAUCCAUCCAUGAAGACCUCUCCCCUCCCCCUUUCGCCGCUCUCCUCCACCAGCACGGUGACGCUCUGCAUGGCCAUCCGCACCCUGGCUGAUGAGAACGCGCCGCUCGUGGGUGCCUUUCUGUUGGUCCGCGGUGGCUCCAUCAGACGCAGCACGGUCUCCAGGACACGCGGCUGGUGGACGGGGUUGUUGCGAAACAGCGUGCAGAGUAGCUUGCCGAUCAUUACGAUCGGCUCCCACCUGAGCACGUCCCUGCCGCACUCAAGCACCUUCGGCAGCACGUCACACCCCCCAUGGCCGCCGCACAGCCGCUCCUUGGCCCCUUUUCCCCCACAGGCCACCCGAUGCAGCACCCACAGAGCGAAGAACCGGUCCUCAUCGCUGGCGUCAUAGUCCAACCCUAGCAUCUGUGCCAGCAACACAACUGCACCCGUCGUGAACAAGGCCUCGUGAAUGACGCUUUGGCCCCCGCCUCCCCGCAGCAACGUCAUCAGGGCCCUCAACUGCACCCCAAGCGCGAAUCCCCGGACGAGUGACAGCUGCAGCCAGGACACGAGCUUCAGAGCAAAGGGCAGCAGCGAGGGGCCGAAUGCACGGCCGUCAUCGAGGGCGAGAUACGGCGGCAGGUAGCAGAUGACAUAGUCGCAGAAGGUGAGCAGAAGCUCCACGCGCCUCUCCCAGGAAGCAUCGGCGAAUUCCUUUUGUGUUUUGGCGAGCCAGUUGGUGUGGGAAGGGGGGAGGUGAGGGUGCUUCGAUUCGCAGGGAGGGGCGGUGUCGUUGUACAGCGGCAGGGCCAGUUGUGUGGACGAGGGGGUGAAGAGGCGGACGCUCCCCAUAGUCUUUUGUCUUCUCUUUCCCUGCAUUUCGUUGACGUUCACGCAGAACACUCGGCAGCACGGUGACCGGCCUUCUUUGCACUGGGGAAAC